AACUUAAAGCUCUGGUACAGCUGAUGGCUGCAGCCAGGGCCAAGAGGGGCGUGGCCUUCUUCACAUUCAAUAACUUCAUCUUGGAGAGAGAGCUGCAGGACAUGUACCACCUACUGUUCACACACAGAACUACAGUGGGUGAGCUGUAUGAGUUGCUGGUUGACUACUGUGCUGUGAUACAGUUGGCUCACACACAUGCGGACCUGUUUGACUGGAUCAGGAAUAACCUGAAACACAGGAGUCAGCUGUGAGGACACAUCUACAUACUGUGACAAGAGAUUAAAAGAAUCUGCCCACUCCAUCAAGCAAUGGGUACAACAACACAGGGCAUUCACGGGACCUCAUGGAACCACGGACCACACCUGCAGAAACUGGACAACAGGGAGAAGCAGAGGAGAUACCUAUCAUAGACUUCUCCCAGCUGACGCUUGACAUACCACCUACGCCACCUCCAGUGGUAGAAACAACCAGCUGGUAUGAUUGAGUGGAAUCAGCCAACAGUAACACGGAAGCAGCAAUGUGAGAGUCAGUAGUGCAUGACCUUAAAGGGUAAUAAUAGGAAGCUUCCGUUUAACACACAGGCCUAAGAUUACGUAGGUCUACAGCCCCAGUGGGAACUUCCCUUUAAAAGAUAUAUAAAGAGAACAGAGAUCAUAAGACAGCAUGAUCCUCGUUAACAUGUGAGACAGACUUCAUAUGGAGGAUCAUCACAGGUAAAUUUACUAUUGCACUAUACGCUUUUUGUUAGACUAUAACAAUAUUAGAGAAUUGGAUUAUUUUGUCUAUGUACUUAUUGGAUCACGAUCUGAAUAUACUUGGUUGAACUUGGUGACCCCGAGACUGAGUCUAAGAAAAACAGAGGUCUAAACACCUCUUGAAUACAGACAAAGUGGCGGUCACUCAGUGAGACAUCAGGUACAGAUGUGAUUGGCAAUACAAGGAAACAGCAAAAUACCAGUUACAAUAUAUUGAGUCCAUACACAGAGUUGUAAGUGUAUUAAGAUAUUAGAAUUGGGAAUCUAGCGCUGUAGCUGCGAGAAUACCGAUUACGGGAAAGUGACCAAGGGACUGAGCAUUUAAGGUAAUUGAACUAUUUUCGCUAUUUAGUCAAUAUUGUUAGAAGUGUUAAUGCAUUUAAAGUUUUGCAAUAUUAUCUGGCAUAGCUUAAAGCAUUAAGGAUUGAUUGAGCAUUAUUGUUGUAUUGAGAAACUGUAUAACCAUUGAAUUGUAAUGAUGUGUAUAAGACAAAAACAGAGUGACUUAAUAAAAGCUUGAAACUUUGACAACUAGGCCAGAUUAACGAUCUGGAGAGCAAACGCCUUGACACUCUCACUGAACAGAAAGUGACCCUGGUUAUAGGUUAAAGUGAUUGCACUAAAGAAUA